CAACAGUAACCUGCAAACUUUACUAUCACUCCUUGAGAUUCUCCCUGUAUUAUCAGUUUCCCUUAACUAUGUUCUGCAAUUCUAAUCAGACUCUCAUCUUGAUAUGGUAUUUCAAUUUAAUUAUUUUUUUACCGUUUUCUCCUAUUCAUAAAACAAUUUCCUGAAACUCAUUCUUGUAUUCUUUAGUAAGUCCCUUUUUUUUCCAAUUUUUAUUUUCAUACUUUUCAGGAUUCUAGAUCAGACCACUUAGAGAAAAGUUCCCAGUUGCUUACCAUCUGAGGAAUAAUAUCUCUUUUCUGAUGCUUUUCCUCCUGUAUCCUCUACCUAGAGAUUCUACCCCAUUUGGUAGGUAAUAAAAUAUUCUCUUUUAAGCAUACCAACUCUGGAGAUUCUUAGAGAAUUUGGCAAUUUGGAUAACCAACUUGAAGAAAAAGGUGAGACAUCUCUUCUUACAUUCUUCCCUUCCUGCCCAUUGCAGAUUCCUCAGAGAGUUUUCCACUUUAUCUCAGAAAUAACAAUUCCAUCCAUGGGCAAAAUCAGUCCAAUAGUUCUACUAGUUAUAAUCAUCCUAGCAGUAAUCUUCUUUGUCUAUGGUUUGCUUCAUCUUCUCUUUAGAUAUUUCAUGAAGAUACCAUCUUUUUCAGCGGUUUCUCAAUCCAAUAGAAACAGAGAAACCUCAGGUUCCCAUGCUCUUCAAAGACAGCUGCAACAACUCUUUCAGAUGCAUGAUUCUGGCCUUGACCAAGCUCUUAUUGAUGCCUUGCCAAUCUUUUAUUACAAAGACAUUAUGGGAUUGAAGGAGCCAUUUGAUUGUGCUGUUUGCUUGUGUGAAUUUUCUGACCAAGAUAUGCUAAGAUUACUUCCCCUUUGCAGCCAUGCUUUUCAUCUAAAUUGCAUAGAUACUUGGUUACUAUCAAACUCUACCUGUCCAUUAUGUAGAAGUGUCAUUAGCUCCGGGACUCCCAUUGGAAAUAACCCUUUGUUUAAUUUUCAUGGAUCAAGAGAAAGAUCGAAUCGCUCUUUGGUGGACUCUGAGAAUGAGCACUAUUGCAACCACAAGCCAGAUAUUAUGCAAGAAAGCGCAAGCGAAAUGAGAGUUUUUUCUGUUAGGCUCGGCAAGUAUAGAAGCAUUAAUGAAGAGGGUAGGAAUGGAGACCAUAGAAGUGAUCAGAUGGAAAUGAUCAGUAGCUGCAACUUGGAUGGAAGGAGAUGCUACUCAAUGGGCACAUUUCAGUAUAUAGUUAAUUCUGAGAUGCAAGUGGCUUUAUCCGAUGGAGAUAGUCUGAAACUAAUCAAAGGUAGUGUUGAUCAAGGAAACUUUGCACCUGACAAUACGGAAAGAGAAGGAAAGAAGAUCUGUGCUAGGACUAGAAGGGAGAGCUUUUCUGUGUCCAAGAUAUGGCUUUGGUCCAAGGAGGAGAGUUCUCAAAGCUUAUCCGAAAACACAUUAAAUGUGAAUUCUUUUAAUGUUGAUAUGCCUAUGAUUGAAGGAACUCACUAAAUAUCUGCAUCAUCUUCUUGCUGCAUUUCAAUUUUAAAUAGAGAAAUUAAUAAUCUAUAUGCAUCCAAA